CAAGCAUCGACAAUGAACCAUCUAUCAUAGAUUUUGAUAGAUUUUCAAAAUAUAAAAGGCUACAACAUACUGUGGCUUAUGUGCGCCGUUUCAUAAAUAAUUGUAAGCCUAGCCUGUCACAGGUUGAGUCCUAGAUCCAUUUAUUGACUCACAAGGCCUCUUGAGAGUCGGGGGAAGGCUAGAUGCUUCAGAUUGUAGUUAUGAACAGAAGCAUCCCAUGUUGUUACAUGCUAAACACACACUAACCAAACUCAUUUUUACACAUGAACACAUACGUCUCCUACAUGCAGGACCACAGCUAUUGCUAUGCUCAGUGCGGGACUUGAUAUGGCCGGUCGGAGGCAGAAACCUCGCGAGAAGCACGGCCCACAAUUGUGUCACUUGUAAAAGAAUCGCUGGCCAAACUUUAAAAAAUAUAAUGGGCAAUUUACCAGCGCAACGCUUAAAUGCUGAUUUUCCAUUCACGUCAACAGCUGUAGACUUAGCCGGUCCUUAUUUAAUAACAGAUCGCCGUGGGCGUGGAUGUAAAAUCACGAAAUGUUAUCUGUGUCUAUUUAUAUGUUUAAGAUAUAAAUGUGUUCACUUAGAGGCUGUGAGCGACUUGUCUAAAGAUGCAUUUGUGCUAGCACUCCGCAGAUUUAUCGCCAGGCGCGGCAAACCUGCGGAGCUGUUUUGUGAUAAUGGUAGAAAUCUAGUAGCUGCAGCUAAAGAAAUAAACGAUUUCAUACAAUUUAAAGAAUUGUAUGAAAACGAUAUAUCUGAAUUUGCAGCUGGUCAAGGUAUGAAAUUUAAAUUUGCACCAGCUUAUGCACCUAACUUUAAUGGCUACGCUGAGGCCGGCAUUAAAAGCGCCAAAUUUCACCUCAAACGAAUUUUGGGUAACACACAUCUCACAUUUGAAGAGCUUUCGUCUCUUUUUAGCCAAGUGGAGGCAAUUUUGAACAGUAGGCCUCUCUGCCCACUCUCCUCCUCCCCUAAUGACUUUUACCCCCUUACUCCCGGGCACUUUCUCAUUUGUAGGCCGCUCACGUCGCUGCCGUCGCCGCCCCUGCAGGACCGGAACCCGAACCGCCUGGACCGCUACCUGAGGCUGGAGCAGCUGCGGCAACACUUCUGGAAACGCUGGUCGGCCGAGUUCGUGUCCCUGCAGCAGCAGCGCUACAAGUGGCGCGAGAGGCAGCGCGAUCUACGGCUGGGAGAACUCGUACUCAUCAAGGAGGAAGGCUUGCCGCCGUUGCUAUGGCGCAUGGGCAGAGUCGUCAAACUAUAUAACGGAAAGGAUGGCGUGCCACGCGUUGCAGACAUCAAUACCGCUAGAGGGAUAGUCAAGCGAGCGCUCAACCGAAUGUGCCCGCUGCCUGUACAACAGAGAGAGUCCUGAAAGAUGGAUCUUUCAGCGCCCCGGAGUAUGUUAGCGCUGUGGCAACACCGCUAGUUUUUCUACAACCAAUGAUUGAUGGAGAUGCGGCUCCAAUCUGCCAACAUAGACGACAGAACGGCGGCCAACCAGAGAGCGCGAUGCCAGCGCCGAAGUUUCGCAUAUGAGACGCAUCGACGUGCACCGCGACCCGAGCAUCGACCUCUUGCAUCUUAACCACUGAACUGAACGCGCGUGUCCUAGACAAAGAACCUGUAGUAACUUCUUGUAAUACACCAUUAAAAUAAUGGUACUUCUUUAAA